UUCAAAUCUCUCGGCAUGCCCCACCGACGCCAAUAUGGAGCGGUCGCGUUCGCGGCGGCGCUGCUCUUCGGCACGAGCACCAUGCACACGUCCAAGUUUGUGUACAGCAUUCAUAGCUUCGGCCUUGAAGAAGUCCCAAAGACCUUUGAGAAGCCUCUCAUGCAGACAUUCCUCAUGUUUGUCGCGAUGGCGCUCGCCCUUGUCGUGCACGCCGUGUCCCAGUGCUUCGUGCCCAAGGCAGACCGGUAUGUGUUCCGGUGGGCGUCCACACUCAAGCUGUGCGUUCCCGCAGUCGCGGACCUCAUCGCCACGGCCCUCGGCUGCGUCGCACUGCUCUACGUGAAUGUGAGCUUUUUCCAGUUGGCCAGAUGCACGAUCAUCAUCUACGUCGCGACUCUCAAAGUGAUGUUCCUCAAGUUUUCCAUGACGGGGUACAUGCGCUUUGGCAUUUUGAUCCAGUCCGUCGCCAUCGUGCUCAUCAGUGCGUCGUGCCUCGCCAGUGCAGACGACAUGAUCCGAACUCUGGUGGGUGUGGGAGUGCUCCUCUUGGCAUGUCUCACGUCUGCGAUGCAAUACGUAUUGGAAGAAGUGUUCAUGAAGAAACCGAUCAAGGCGGAAGGGGAAGAAGGAACGGACAUCGUCGUGGAGGUGCCGAACCCGCCGCUGGUCGUGGUCGGCAUGGAAGGAGUAUGGGGGACGCUGCUCAUGCUCUUGGUCGUGAUGCCCAUUGCAUAUGCGAUCCCCGGCGCCGACAACGGCCGCGUCGAAGACUUCUUCGACUCCAUCGAGAUGAUGCAGAACAGCGCCAAGCUGACGUAUUACUGCGUCCUAUAUGUGAUCUCCAUCACGGGGUUCAACGUCGCGUCCAUCUACGUGACGUUCUUCCUCGACUCCGUCUGGCGCUCCAUCCUCGUCAACUUCCGACCGGUCGCCAUUUGGGUCACAUCCCUCCUCUUCUACUACGUCUUCACCAACGGCACGUACGGCGAGACCUGGACGAACUGGAGUUGGCUGCAAUUGGGCGGGAUGCUCCUGCUGUUCUUCGGCACGGCCGUGUACAACGGCAACGCCAAGCUGCAUCGCUUCUUCUCGUAUUCAUCGGACACGAAGAAGGGUAGCAAGGACGACGAGCACGAGAAGACUGGCGUCGUGUCGGAUGAGAGCGACAGCGAUGGCGUCGUCGUGUCCGUCGCCGCGCCAUCGAUCGUCGUUGUCGUGGCGAAAGCUUGAAUCUCCCGCAUUAUUAUCACAAUUUAAUAUCAACGUCCAUGUUUUAUGGAUCUUCGAACGAACGGUUUUCCGGAUAAUGCAAUGCC